AUGGACCAUGGAGACAGAGGGAUGGGGGUCUCUCAUCUUCACUAUGAGGAGGAGGAGGAUCAUCAGUCCAUCUACAUCGGCGUGCCAGUACCUCGAGGAUAUAGACGCAAACGCAGAAGACGGCGUUCCAGUCGUGAGGCUGCUGAGAUGGACAGGGACAGGCACUACAGCCAUCACAGACACCAUGAGCACGACCACUACAGAGACAUAGAGGAGGGCCUUCUGGAUUCAAAUGAGCAGAGUCUACAAGAUAUUCACCACACAAUGUCUCCAGCAGCAGAGCGGCUUCGUUACAUUCUGAGUGAAGAUGACGACAUGCAGACACCAACCCUCUUUACAGAAAUGGACACUUUACAGCGUGAAGGAGAUGAGCUAGAGUGGAAAGAGUCUGCCAGAUGGGUGAAGUUUGAAGAGAAGGUGGAAGAGGGAGGAGAAAGGUGGAGUAAACCACACGUGUCCACUCUGUCCCUGCAUAGUCUUUUUGAGCUAAGGACUUGUCUCCAGACAGGAACAGUGCUGCUGGACCUGGAAGGCUACUCAUUGCCUCAAAUAGUUGAUGACAUCAUUGAGCGGCAGAUCGAGGAAGGGAUGAUCUCUCCUGAGCUUAGAGAGAAGAUUAGUUUUGUGCUGCUGAGGAAACAUCGUCACCAGACAAAGAAGCCAAUUCAUCGUUCACUUGCUGACAUGGGAAAAUCCAGCUCAUCUACCAGUAAGUAUCGGAAUGUAGGAGCCAGAGGAGGACAGGGUCCAGGGCCAGGGCCAGGACCAGGACCAGGACCAGGGCCAGGUCCAGGGCCAGUAACCAACUUCAACCGAUCAACCGAGGAUCUCAGACUAAAACAGCAGCCUGCAAACUACGGUCGCCUGCGUCAUGCUCAGAGUAGAAGUAUGAAUGAUAUUGCGGAUACUCCAAGCACGGACCAGCUAAAAAAUAAAUUCAUGAAGAAAAUCCCCAGAGAUGCAGAGGCUUCUAACGUUUUGGUUGGAGAAGUUGAUUUCCUCAGUAAACCUUUUGUAGCAUUCGUCCGCCUGGCUCAAGCAACAACUCUUGGAGGUCUGACUGAAGUCCCUGUCCCUACCAGGUUCCUAUUUAUUCUCUUGGGACCUCAAGGAAAGGCUAAAUCUUAUAAUGAGAUCGGCCGAGCCAUAGCAACUUUAAUGGUGGAUGAUCUCUUCAGUGAUGUAGCGUACAAGGCCAGAGAUCGAGAGGAUCUCAUUGCAGGGAUAGAUGAAUUUUUGGAUGAGGUGAUUGUGCUUCCACCUGGAGAAUGGGACCCCAAAAUCCGAAUUGAACCACCAAAGAAAGUCCCCUCAGCUGACAAAAGAAAGUCAGUGUUCUCCUUAAAUGAACUGGGGCAGAUGAAUGGCACAGCUGGAGGAGGUGGAGGCCUUGCUGAGGAUGAAGAGAUGCCAGCGCAGCAUGAGCUUGGAGAGGAGCUGGCAUUCACUGGACGCUUCUGCGGGGGUCUGUUCCUGGACAUCAAGCGGAAAUUGCCAUGGCUACCGAGUGAUUUCUAUGAGGGUUUCCACAUUCAGUCCAUCUCUGCAGUGCUCUUCAUUUACUUGGGCUGCAUCACAAAUGCCAUCACGUUUGGGGGCCUGCUGGGAGACGCUACUGACAACUACCAGGGUGUGAUGGAGAGUUUCCUCGGUACUUCUCUGGCUGGCUCUGUCUUCUGUCUCUUUGGUGGUCAGCCCCUCAUCAUCCUCAGCUCCACUGGUCCAAUACUUAUCUUUGAAAAGCUCCUGUUUGAAUUCAGCAAGAAUAAUGGGAUAGAUUACAUGGAGCUUCGACUCUGGAUCGGCAUCCACUCCUGCCUACAGUGUUUCAUCCUUGUAGCUACAGAUGCCAGUUACAUCAUCAAGUACAUGACACGGUUCACAGAGGAGGGUUUCUCCAGCCUGAUCUCCUUCAUCUUCAUCUCUGAUGCCAUCAAGAAGAUGGUGGGCUCCUUCAAAUAUUAUCCCAUCAACACUGACUUCAAGCCUGACUACAUCACUGCCUACAAGUGUGAAUGCCUUGCGCCAGACCCAAUGGCUGCAAUGAUCUUCAAUGGUUUAGUUCCAAUGCCAGAUAACAGCUCUAGUGUUUCUGGGUUGAAUGUGACAGCUCUGGACUGGAGCCAGUUAAGCAAGAAGGAGUGUCUGAAGUAUGGAGGCUCUCUUGUGGGAAAAUCCUGCAAGUAUGUUCCAGAUCUGGCCUUAAUGUCAUUCAUUCUCUUCUUCGGCACCUACUCCAUGACCGUCUCCCUCAAGAAGUUCAAGUUCAGCCGCUACUUCCCCACCAAGCUGAGGAAACUCAUCAGUGACUUUUCAAUCUUCAUGUCAAUCAUGACAUUUGUGGGACUUGAUAUGCUGAUCGGACUGAAGACUCCAAAAUUAAUCGUCCCCACAGAAUUUAAGCCAACUCGACCAGAUCGAGGCUGGCUGGUGAUGCCGUUUGGCAAGAACCCGUGGUGGAUUUAUCUAGCAAGCUUUGUUCCUGCCCUCCUUGUUACCAUUCUCAUCUUCAUGGACCAGCAGAUCAGUGCAGUCAUUGUGAACCGCAAGGAGAACAAACUUAAGAAAGGUUGCGGCUACCACCUUGAUCUGUUCUGGGUUGGGGUAUUGAUGGCUGCCUGCUCUUUUCUGGGCUUGCCCUGGUACGUCGCUGCCACUGUCAUCUCUAUAGCCCACAUCGACUCUCUGAAGAUGGAGAGUGAGUCCAGUGCACCAGGAGAACAGCCUCAGUUCCUCGGGGUCAGAGAACAGAGAGUAACGGGCCUUUUGGUGUUCGCUUUGACUGGUGUCUCCAUCUUCCUAGCUCCAAUACUCAAGUACAUCCCCAUGCCUGUUCUAUAUGGUGUCUUCCUCUACAUGGGUGUAGCCUCCCUCAAUGGAAUCCAGUUCUGGGACAGGAUUAAAUUAUACUUGAUGCCAUCCAAGCACCAGCCUGACUUCUCUUACCUCCGUCAUGUUCCUCUGAGGAGGGUACACCUAUUCACUCUGAUCCAGAUCAUAUGUCUAGCUGUCCUCUGGGUCCUCAAAUCCACCUUCUUGGCCAUCAUAUUCCCUGUUAUGAUUCUGGGGCUUAUGGUUGUCCGAAAGAUGCUAGAUAUGGUCUUCUCCCAGCAUGAUUUGGCCUGGCUAGAUGACCUUCUGCCAGAAAAGGAAAAAAAGAAGAAGGAUGACGAUAAAAAGAAGGGGAGAGAGAAGGAGAAGAAGAAGGCAAAACCAAAUGAUAGCGAGGAUGAGAACUUGCCCUUCCUCAGCAUCACCCUCCACCUGAAGAUAUCCUGUCCAUCAUCUCCUGCUGUGCCGAUGGGCAGAGGGAUGGCCUGUCCUGUGCCCCAGGUCAAGAUUGAGAUGGAGUCAGACUAUGACUCAGACAUCGACCACCACCGCCCUAGAGACAUGAGCAGUGAGACAACUUUAUAG